AUGGCCAGUCGUUCCGGUCUGGUCAGCGGCUACCCAAUAAAACGGUCUGGGUCGUCGCCACACUUCUCUUUGUCACCUUUUGAGCGUCACAACGGACUAAUGGAUAUGAUCACUACCAGCGGGCGCAAGGGCGGCAUGCUGGAGGCGAAGACCAUGCGCAACAAGGAUUGA